UUUCAAUUUUCUUAAGCGACAUUUGUGGGCCGGGCAGAUUACCCGCCAAGCCCCAAACAGCAAAUAGGAAGCCUGGGUUAAGGCAGUAUUAGCCGCGGCCUUUUAAAAGCAGCCACAAAAUUUGGCGCUUUUCAAUUUCUGAAAUUUCAGAACCAAAAAGAAGACGAAGAAAGGACUUGCUAGAGAGAGAGAGAGAUGGUGGACAUGGAGGAUAACUUCCUUGAUUUCGAUUUAGAAGACCCACUUCUCACUCGCCCUGCAGUUACCAAGAGAAGGAGGAAGACUAUUGGGUUGGAUGACCUUUUGACUGACUUCUACAAGGAAGAAGACAAGCUUGUUGAAAAGGAAGCUAAGCUUGCAAAGGCACGAAGGAACAAUGAUUCAGAUGAAGAAGAUAAUGACCAAGAGGCUGUGCUCUUUGACAUUGUCGAUAAGUGUGAAAGCGAGAUGAGAGAAAUAAGAGUUAAGGAGGAGAGCUUUGUGUGGGGCAUAUGCACUUUUGGAGAUCAGAAGACCCCACCUUCUCUAUCUUUUCCCGAGCUUAAAACUUGCAGGGUCUUGCAGUCAUUCAUGGAUGAUGAGCUCAAUUCUUUGAUUGAUGUCUCUACAGAAAAUGGAGACACUUUCCUUGAACGAUUAUUAGUAAAUGGCUGGCUAUCAAAAUUGAUUUUCGCCAGUGGUCAUCUAGAAAAAUCAAUAGCCACAUGGACCUUUUAUCUGAUGUUAUAUUCGUCAAAAGAAAAUUUGAGGGCAUCUGCAUGUGACUUCUGGUGUGCUAUCCUCUCGUUUGAAAAUGAGGUUGAUUUACUGCCAGUCAAAAUUGAUUGGUUUCCUAGCUAUUCUGAAUUAAAAAUAGCUCUUGAAAACUACGGAUUUUUAUUCAACUUUUCAUCUAACACGGAUUCUGCUCCUUCCAAUUCUGCUCGUAGAGGUCCAGCUCCAAAUAUUAGAGCUUGGCUUAAAUUUGUGACAGUUUCUUGUCAAAAGAGGAACAAAAUGGCUAUAUACUUGACCUCAGAAGCCGAAGAGUUAAUUGAAGUCAUUAUUUGUCUAUUUUCUGAUCGCCAACUUCAAGGUCUGUCCGUGCUUUUGCAUGAGUGCAUGCAGUCAGCUAUCAGUUACUUCGCUGAACAAGAGUGGGAAUCUAGCUGUGAAAAGAUAGCAAAUUCUCUUGCUUGCAGAGUUCCUAAAGACGUGACCUGCCUAAGAAUUGUGGAAUGCAUUUCGGGAGUCGAUACUCGUAGUAAGCUGUUUAGAAGUGCAAUUGCCCAUCAAAUGCUUCUUAGCUGUUAUGAUCAUAAGGCCCCUAAUGAUGAAGAGAUCCUAAAAUUGCUUAUCCCAGUCAAUGUGAAGGACAAAAAAUGUGAUUUUUCCAAGAUGUACAUACACUUGGUAUUAGCCGAGAAUUGGCUUUUGUCCAGUCAACUAGUAGAAGACAAGCCCGUCUUGAAAGCAAUGUGGCGCCUCUACUUACGAAACUGUUCUUGCCUGAUAGCCAGUACAGAUUUGAGGUCUUUUGCAUCGAAGGUCCGUAACAAGGCUUCGUACCUUCUGCAAGGCACCAUCACAGCUGAUUAGAUCAGCAGGUUGAAAUUGUGUAUAGUAUCGAACUAAGGGUAGGGAAAUGGUGGGAAGAAAAUGCGGCGGUAUAUUAUAGUUGGUAAAUAUUAAUGACUGGAGCUCUUUUCAGUCAGGACCUGUAUUAUGUUUUGAGCACGAACCGGUAAAAUCCCGAAGUAGGGCGCUGUGAAUCUUAUUGAGGUUUUUUCUGUAGCGAUUGUUGCCAGGGAAUGUUUGCUUUGUUUUCUUUGCUUACUUCCUCCUUCGUUUCGUUUAUCGAAUGGAGAUAUAUCGGUAUUUCAAUGUAUUAUGUGUAA